AUGGAUUUGGACGAUAUAACUCCGGCUAUGCCUUCUGACAGGCCACUUUCUCCCAGGCCAUCGAGAGCUGUGUCAAUCGACCCCAAUCAGCUGGCGAAUCGAUCUUACCAUACCACAUCGGCACUCAGUGAUCCGGAGAACGAUUACACAUUCUCUGCUCCUCGCGCCGUUCCCAUAGAUCCUCUUCGUUCAUCGAGAACUCGCCAUAAUGUCUCACAACAGCGCCCCAAGCGCCUCUCUACUUCCAACAAGGCUGGCAUGCCAUUGAGCAUUCUACCAUCCGCCCCUGCCUCUCCUCCCACUCCGGCACCCUCUCCCACUCCAUACCAAAGGGCCCCCAGUUGGAGUUGUGCUGGUGAGAACGAGGAUCAAUUCUUGAGAGAUGCUAGAGGUCAUUUCUCAAAUCUCAAUGGUGCGGAAAGAGAGCGCUAUCUAGCCGAACUGCUUAAUAUGUGCGACAGUCAAUUGUUGAGUUUCGUCCAUCACUUUGUCUCUCCCAGGCUGAAGAAGGAUCCAUUUGAGCACCUACCUGAUGAACUGUGCUUAAGAGUUUUAUCUUAUGUUGAUGACCCUCUCAGUCUAGCUCAUGCUUCUCAAGUUUCACACCGCUGGCAUAAGCUGGUCAAUGACGAUAUGAUUUGGAAGAUAAUGUGCGACAAACACGCUUGGCGGAGAUCCUCGAAUGCUUCGAGCGAAGAUAUCGAAUCCCUGUACCUCCCUCCAGCCGCUCAAGGACCCUAUCCCUACGGCUCUUCCUCCAAACGAAGCCUGGACGGUUCUGUCGUUGGGCCUUCCAACAGUGCUCCAAACUUAUCCUUGUCCCGAAGUGAACAACUAUCCUCGAGCCCUCGAGCCCGAAAACGGCAAUCACACUCUCACUAUUCCCAUUUCAGACAUAAAUAUAUGAUUGAAGCCGCAUGGAGAAAGGGUGGCGAAAGCAUAGUUAAGCACAUCACUCCAGAUCAAGGAGUUGUCACCAGUCUUCACCUGACAGACAAGUACAUUGUCGUGGCAAUGGAUAAUGCUAAGAUCCAUGUUUUCAACACGGUCGGAGAACAUCAGAAGACUUUGAAAGGUCACGUUAUGGGUGUUUGGGCAAUGGUACCAUGGGAUGAUAUCCUUGUAAGCGGUGGUUGUGAUAGGGAUGUCAGAGUGUGGGACAUGGCAUCAGGCAGAAGCCUCCACACUUUGAGGGGUCAUACGUCCACUGUUCGAUGUCUCAAAAUGUCUGAUGCCAACACCGCAAUAUCGGGAUCUCGAGACACAACUCUUCGAAUUUGGGACCUACCAACAGGAAUGUGUAAGAACGUCCUUGUUGGUCAUCAAGCCAGCGUUCGUUGUUUGGCGAUUCAUGGUGACCUGGUUGUAUCUGGAAGUUACGAUACCACAGCUCGAAUUUGGAGCAUCUCCGAGGGCCGCUGUCUUCGAACACUGACUGGUCAUUUCAGUCAGAUCUAUGCUAUUGCCUUUGAUGGUCUAAGAAUUGCUACCGGGAGUUUGGAUACCAGUGUGAGAAUUUGGGAUCCCAAGUCAGGCAUGUGCACUGCCAUCCUACAAGGGCACACCUCUCUUGUCGGUCAACUUCAAAUGCGCGGAGAUACCUUGGUCACAGGUGGUUCAGAUGGCUCCGUUCGUGUAUGGUCAUUGCAGAGCAAUACACCCAUUCACCGGCUAGCAGCUCAUGAUAAUAGUGUUACGAGUCUGCAGUUUGAUGAGAAUCGAAUCGUCAGCGGCGGCAGCGAUGGGCGUGUCAAGAUUUGGAGCGUUGAAACCGGCCAACUUGUGCGAGAACUAAGCCAGCCUGCAGAAGCUGUUUGGAGAGUCGCUUUCGAAGAAGAAAAAGCAGUCAUCAUGGCCAGCCGGUCAAAUCGGACGGUGAUGGAGGUAUGGUCAUUUUCACCACCAGAUGAACACUUAGAUCGACGAUCGGAGAGUCCUCUGAGCCUACCGGAGCAAUUACCGCCUCACGAAAUCGACGAAUUGCGCCAUGUGCCAACAGAUCUUCACAUUGGUGAUGGAGAUGCCGCGAUGAGUGACGUAUAA